AUGGCAAGUAUGGAUAUUGUUUGUGACAAAUUCCACUUCCGUCAUGAGCCGAGGUGGAGCGGCCGCCUGGGGCCUGCGGAGGGGGGCGGCCAGCUGCUGUGCCUGGCCUGUGUCAUCGAGAUGGUGGAGAAUGAUUAUGUUUCGGUGAGGACUACGGUGAGAAAGUCUUUUGCUUUGUCUGCUAUCAGUGGGGUGCUGAAGUGCUCUCCAGGGGCGUUAAAAGAGCUCCUCCAGCAGGACCACAGAGUCUCACUGCGUUUUAUAUCUUCUCUACUGGGUAUGUUUCACACUGUGGAAGACUCUGCUAAUCUUGAAAAGGUUGGCCAAGUGCUGCUUCAGCUGCUUUUAGAGCUGCAGAGUGAGCUGCCUUUUCGCUUUGUUUUAGAUGAGAUACACAAACAGCUAAGUGGCCAACUCAGUGUCAAGGGUUUCCUGCCAACAUUCAACUUUCUUGGGAGCCUCGUGGAAACAGUCCCCACUGUAGCCCAUGUCCUAGUGACUCAGUAUGUGCCCUUGUUGGAGCACCUUUGUUCAGCCUUGCUUUACCCACAUGAAGGGCUAAAGGCAUCUGCCUUCUAUGUGUGGCUCAAACUGUUUGGGACAGAAGCUCAGGCUCUGCCCAGCUCCAUCAGGGACAGAGUGUGCAUCCUGUUGCUGCAGGCCUUGGACAAUGCCAGCUCCCUGCAGCUCAUCACCAACUGUAUUGGUCUGUUGUGGUUGCUGGUACAGCUAGGAGAAGCAGUGUCAGUUCUAAUGAGCAGUCCGGGAAGUCCGAUCAUGUGCAAUGAGAACCAGAACAUUCAGCCCCUCGGCCAAAACCUACAGCAUCAGUCCUCCGACCACUGCCCUCUGCCUCUCCUACUGAAAAAGUUGCUGCUGAGUGGCAAUGAGACAUUGCAGGUGAGCAGCGCUAAGUGUAUUGCGUCUGUCCUGGCUCAUUCUCCUCACCAGUACAGCACUCCUUUCAUCAAAGCUGACGUACCCGAGUUUCUGUUUGACCGUCUGGCUAGUAGUAACAUAGAAUCGCUGUUGUGGUCUGCCUACAUCUGUUUGGUACUACUGACUGAAGACCCACUCUUCUUCUCCCAAUGCCACUCUGUUUAUGGGAUCGAGUCCCUGGUGCGUAGUCUGAAUGAAGCUCUGCGGCUCACCAACCUGGAAGUGCCAAAACAAGGUCUGGUCCUUCUCACUGUGAUACUGGAAAGGCAGCCCCCAGGCGUGCAUCUCUUCCCCUGUGGCCCAGGGUUUGUAGCUGUUUCAGAGGCUGUGGUAGCUGGAGUCUCCUCCCCCUGCCUGCUCGUCGCUACACAGGCUGCAAAAGCUGCCUGCACUUUGUUCAGACUGAACCACCAGUCCAGACCAGUCCAGUACAAAGAGCUCCAAGCACUGGUUGAUGCUGUGUCUAACAGGUUGUCUGAUCUGACACCACCUUCCCAUGCUCAUCGACAAAGUUCUGGGAAUCUGAAGAAGUCAGACGCCCGCAGCCAGGCCUCCAGGUCUCAAGGCUUUCUUCUCCAGGCUCUGGUCUGUUUUCAGGCUGCCUGCAGGUUGGCUGAGGAGUGUGCGUCAGACCCUGAUCUGAAAGAGAAUGCAUUUACAGCUCCAUUUAAACACAGCCAUGCUGAGGACUCACUUGAGUCUUUGUGUCAGUGUCUACUGCACCAUUGUGACUCUGUCUGGAUACCGACUGUCAUUAAGAUGUGCCAGCAUGUACCCAGCCCGCAGAUACUGCAGUAUUUUUACUCCAUUCUAUCCUCCCAAUUCACCCUUGUUCCAUCUCUCAUGCCUGCCUUUGCAAAUAAGAUAGCAUCCUCUGGUUUCUACAGGCUGGCACUGGAACACAAAGGGCUCCUCUGUGCAGGAAACAGGAAUCCACAUUUGAAUGAAUCUUGCUGUGGGUUUCUACAGAAACUCAGUAUGUGUCUGCUCACCCAGUCAGACCCCACUUCAGACUCCUACCAGCAUGAUGCUGAGGAGGUGGACAGUCUCUUGCUGUACAACCUUCCCUCUCUGUGUUGUCGUCUGUCAGACUGGCCCUCUCUGCUGUAUGAGGCCCCAGGGUUUCAGCUGUGUGACUAUAAAGGACCAAGGGCCAUUCAGUACUGUGUGAUGAUAAUGCUCCACCUCGCUCUACAGCAAGGAGAUAGACUCCUCCCAGACCAGACUGUGUUCUCUAGUGUGGUUUACAUGCUGCGUUUGGUGCAGGAGCAGGGCAGCUGUCUCCAGCCUCAUUUUGUGCUCCGCUCUGCCCUCUACCUGCUGGCAGUGACACAGGACAAGAGCCCCAGCCUUGAUGGGACUUCUUUGAACUGCAUCAGCAAGGCACUCUCCUCCUGCCAAAGCUUCUCUUCCCUCUACAUUCACCACCCUCCACUGCUUCACUUCAUCUAUCGCUACCCAGAGCUAGCAGAGAAAUUCGGGCCACUGGUUUUAGAACUUUGGUUAACCAGGCAAGCGUGGGGCACAGAUGCAAAGUCAACUGUGGAUGAUGACAAAAAGAAAGCUGAGAUAAAAGGCUGUGGAGAAGAGGAACAAGAUAAGGAUCAGGAACAAGAAAUAACAGAACUUCUGACUCUGAUAGAGAAGUACCCAGCUGUCACAGCAACCCUUUUGGACAUGGUGUGCACCCAAGAGACUCGUUUGGCAGAGCGAGCCCUGAGGGUGCUGGAAGUCUCCUUGUGUGGUCAGAGUGACUAUGCUGCCGACUUGUGCAAUAGUCUCAGACCAACCUUGCUACAAGCAUUGCAGAGAUACAGUGUGGAGGACAUGGGACAUGAGCAAGGACAAGGUAAUACAACACAGGCAGUGAACUCACUUCCUCUGGUGCUGAAGUUGCUUUGUGUGACGCAGGCCAGUGAUCCACCUUCCUCUGUUUCCAACAGCAAGGUGGAUGGAGUACACUUCAAGCUACUUUACCACGUGAGUAAUAUAGCAGGAAGGGUAAAGCCUACCAAUGCAGAGAGCCUGCUGCCUGCCAUCAACUACAUCUACUGCUGCCUGAAUCUGUCUCCAGUGCACUGUACUGACAGAGCUGUCUCCAUGCUGCUCUCCAACAGUGGACUGAUGGACCAGCUGCAGACAGUCCUUUCCUCCUCUUCCCCAUCCCUCUCUUCAUCAGCCCUGCUGUGCUGUAGCCAUCUACUCCUGUCCUCCCUCAUUACCUUGCAGCGCGUUCACUCUCCUCAGGUCCAUAAAAGCAUCAGCUGGAGUCUGGACAAAGGCGUGCAGAGACUUCUUAUUGACAAAAGGAACACUGACAAUCUCUUACUGGUUGGUUACCUGAGGUUGCUGCAGGCUCUACUUGAUGUUGACCUGGCAUCACCGGUUCUGUUUGUGAGCACCAGUCCUGCCUUGGUUGGCCCCAGACCUCUUGGAGUCGAAGAUGGUGCUUUGUACCCACUGGGGUCUAGAGGGGCCCAUUUGCUCUCAAUGGUUCUCAGUGAAUUUCUUUUGCAGAAGCAUGAGUUAAUCCUAAGAGCCUCACUCAACUGUCUGAGCUCCCUGCUGGGUUUCCUUCAGAGGAAGUGUCCCCCUGCAGCAAAGAAUCUGGUGUGUCAGCUGUGGAGUCGGUUCCUGGUCUACUGCCUGUGCAGCUCCAGACAGACCAGUCUCCUGCAUCCUGCCACUCUCAGACUCAUCACACUUCUUCUGCAGCACAGCAGUACAGCACUGCUGUGGGAGCCUGACCUGCUGCAGGUGAUGGAGGCGAUGGAGAAGAUGGGGGUGAAGGAGCUCAGCCAGGAAGCAGCACAGGCCCUCAGGCAGCUCCUCACACAGGUCCAGAGCAGUGUCCUGCAUCCGCCAUUCACAGACAAGUGCAAGCAGCGAGCGAGGAGUGUGAUGGAGUCCCUCAGCCUGCAGGCGUCUGCUGAGAGCCCCGAUUUGCCCUGCAACAUCCUGUAUCCCUUCCCUGAAAUUAAACCUCUAAACUGCACAAAACACAGACAGGCUACACUUACACUUAGUACGCUUCAGCUUGUGUAA